GGCUCCCUUCCUCGUGCUCGGCGUUGAGCUUCUGCAGCCGCCGCCGUCGCCGCAGCGGUCGUCCCUGCCUUUCCUGGCCCCGGGGUGCACCCCGCAAGGUGAGGCCACCCCUCUUCUCCCUGCCUCCCGGUUCCUUCCCGUUCGCCGAGGUCCCCUCCCGGUCCCGGCCCUGUCCUGAGCAGUCAGUGCCUGGGACCCCAGCGACCGUGAUGGCAGGGCUGGAGUGGGGGGCUCCGCUGUCGGGGCCGGGCCUGGAGGACUCCCCAGCACCUGAACUAGAGUGAUGUCGGAUUCCCGGGGCGCAGUGACCGUUAGCUGGUGCAGCUGGGGUGUUUUCCGCCAAGCGAUUGUCCGGGGGCACGAGUGCGGUAGUGAGGGCGGGGGCGUAAUGGGGUCAGCGCCCCCUCCUCCCCACGACCCUGUUCAUUGUCGCUGCUUCGCUGCAUGACCUUGGACGAGUAGCAUCUCUGAGCCUCCGAGCCUCAGCACCCUCAGGAAGGAGGGCAGUGAUGUCUGGGAGUGCGGGCUCCGGAGACUCCUGCGUCAGCCGAGGCCUUGUUCUGAGUAUGUGUGGCCCCUGCUGUGUCCAGUCCUGAGAGUCAGCAGGCUCCCACUGGUGUCCCUGGAGCAUGGGAGGCUGCUGAGCGUGAGUGGCGGUGUCCCGCAGGAGCUGUGUGGCAGGGAGGGCGUCCAUGGCUGCAGUCAACAAGGGCAACAAGCCCAGAGUCCGGAGUAUCCGCUUUGCGGCAGGCCACGAUGCAGAAGGAUCCCACAGCCACGUCCACUUUGAUGAGAAGCUGCAUGACUCGGUGGUCAUGGUUACCCAGGAGAGUGACAGCAGCUUUCUGGUCAAGGUUGGCUUCCUGAAGAUCCUGCACAGGUAUGAGAUUACCUUCACUCUGCCCCCAGUACACAGGCUGAGCAAGGAUGUCCGCGAGGCACCUGUCCCCAGCCUGCACCUCAAGCUCCUCAGCGUGGUGCCCGUCCCUGAAGGUUAUAGUGUCAAGUGCGAGUACUCGGCACACAAAGAGGGCGUCCUCAAAGAGGAGAUACUGCUAGCCUGCGAAGGUGGCACUGGCACCUGUGUGCGCGUGACGGUGCAGGCCCGCGUCAUGGACCGGCACCACGGCACGCCCAUGCUGCUGGAUGGUGUCAAGUGCGUGGGCGCCGAGCUGGAAUACGACUCAGAGCACAGCGACUGGCACGGCUUUGACUGAGGCCCGAGGCCCCGCCUGCCCCGGGCCCCUCAGCCUUAAACCCCGCCUUGUCCCCCCGACAUGCUGCGUGAUGGUGUGGCUUCCUCACCCCUCUCUGGGGUGGGCGUGGGGGUGGAGUGGCCUUGCCCACGCCUCUCACCUCUGCCUUCAUUUGUGCUGCCACCCUGCCCCUCCCGCAUCCUCCUCUCCCACUUCCUCCUCUCCGUGUGCCUCAGUCUCCUGCCAGAAGAAAUGGGUUGAGCCCGAAAGGAGGCUGUCUGAGGAAGGGAGAGGGAGGGCCUGGGGUGGGUUCCCCACUCCCCACCCCAAGCCACAGGGGCUCCAACCAGGGUCUGGGAGAGGAUGGAGCUGGCUCUGUGACGUCGUGGCCCCAUUACUGCUGCUGCUGCCUUGCUUCAGCCACCUCUCCUGCCCCUCCCUAGUCCCCACUGCUGUCCACCAUGAGUAGGAGGGAGGUGCAGUCCCCAGCCCCCCCCCCUCAGGUCUGUGUUACUUGGUUUUUAAGCGACUGGUUGGGAUAGAACCUUAAAGAAAUAAAACUUCCAGUGGA